AUGGAAGGAACAUUUGAUUAUGUUUUGGAUUUCGGACUGAUAAUAACAAAUGUUACAUCACGUGAUGCUGGGAAAUAUGAUUGCAACAUUGAUUUACUUCCUAUUGUGAUAUGGGUUGCCCCAAUUAGAUUUCUCAAUCAGAGCGAUGCUAAUGUAAUAUAUGGACAAGAAGGAACAAAUUUAAAUAUAUCAUGUGUUUCUAUAACUGGACACGAUGUACAUGGACUUUCUAUAAAACAAAACGAUACCACAUUAUCAACAAAUGCACCGAAUGUUACUGUCAUCUUGAGAGAAAAUAGCAUAGAUUGUUUAGCUGCUGAUGGUUUCCCUGAUACGUACACAUUUGACAAAUGGGAACAUCAAUCAGAAAAGGGUGACCAUGUUCGUUUUGUUGACGGAUUGCAAAAUGGGACAUUGAUUCUGCAAACCAUUCCAUAUCAAUAUCAGAUGAAUGGCCGCUAUGUCUGCACUGUAUCCAAUAUAAUACGUGAUGCGAAUGGUAGUAUGUUGCAAAAAAGUUCUGAAUAUUUUGUGUACCAAGGUCCACCUAUGUUUGCCAAGGAGAACAGAAAACUAAAGUUUGCUGAACUGUAUAAAACUAUAACAGUGACAUUUUUUCUAUUCUCAAAUCCAAUUGUAGAACACAUAUGGAUAGAAGGUGUCGCUCCAGGGUAUACAAAAAACGAAACAAUAAAUGAUGUUAACAUGUCUGAAACAAAUCUGAAGUACACAGAUUUUGAAAGCAAUGCAAAUAUCAAAGGCGAACUAAUAGUAUUUGAAUUCAAAAUGUUAAGCAAUGAAUAUGAAAUGUAUAGAAUAUGGGCAAGUAAUGCAAUAGGAGAAGAUUCCUUCAGUUUCAACAUCAAGGCUACAGGUGCACCAAUAUUUGUACCUGAAAACAGAAAUGUCAAGCAUGGCGAACUAGAUAAACUGUUAGCACUAACAUUUCUCAUAUACAGUGACCCUACAAUAAAGGAUAUAUGGAUAGAAGGCGUUGAUACCGACCAUAACCAAAACAAAAUAAAACUUGAAUUCAUGUUGGCCAAUUUAACUGUGCCGUAUACGGCUUUUGGAAACAAAGGGCAUAUCAUGUGCUAUAACAUAACUAUUCAAACAAACAUUGUAAGCAGUAUUGACUUCCAUGUGUAUAAGAUAUGGGCAACGAAUGAACUUGGAGUCACUUCCUAUAAGUUCGAAGUCAUAGCAGUUGAAUCCAGUAAAAUCAAAGGGAAGCAUGGAUACCUACUGAUAACAAGUAGUAGCAUUAUCGCCUGUUUAUUGGUCUACAUAAUCGUAAUUCACAUCUGUUUGACUAUCAGAAAGAGAUCUAGAACAAGGCGAGUAAAUAUAGAAGAGCCGUUGCAUUAUAACACUUACGAUGAAAUAGGAUCAAUUUCUUAUGAAGCCGCUGGCUUUCGGCGGUUAGCUAAUGAUCAACGAGGACCAAUUCAGCAAACCCAAACAAACCUUAAUCUUCAAGAUGCAUGUUCCACAACCAAUAUUAACAACCCACUUGCAAUGAAUUGUACAACUGAAACAGAUGCGUCUUCGAGAGUAUCAGAUCACGAAUCUCAAGUUAAUGCAGUGCAACAAAAUAAUGUUUUAGAAGCUACACUUGAUGUGUCGCCUGCGAUAUCUAUUGAUGAUAUCGUUCACGAUGACAAACGCACCCGUAACGAACCUGCUGCUUCAUCAGACGAGUCUUUACAUGCAUUUCAAAGAAGAAAACAUCAUGAAAAACAUUUGACGAAUAGAAACGCAACUUCAAAAUGUUCAUCAAGUAGUGAUGAAUCUAGAAUGGAAGCAGAUGUCACGCCAUCAUUGGGUUUAAAUGUCGGUGACGGAUACGAAAAUCCGUACCAAAUAGUUAUUCGCGAUAACCAAGAGACCCAUCAAUAUAGUCUUAUAAUUAAUCCAUGUGGGGAAGCUGAUAGUGCUAGGGAAACAUCUGACAUUGACGAACAAACAAAUUAUUUAACAGAUUAUGUCAAUCUUCGACUCUGACUGAACACACACUCA